AUGAUUAAAAUUAUCUCUUUAGUUUUAUCGUUAUUUUUGAUAUUGUCGGUUGUCUCUGCCGCCAUCGACACAAAAUCGUUGAUCGACGAGUACGUCUCACAGCUCAGAAAUUUGGAGGGUGGUGACCAGGUCAGAGUACCAAUCGAUACCAAAGUUAAACAUGAAUGUCUCCACGAGGAGUUGCAUGGUGAUCAUACACCAGACAUUAUCGAGCACUUCAAGAAAGACGGUUCCAGCCUAUACAACAAUGUCAACUUUUUACAACAGGAAGGCGAUGCACCAACUCCUGGAGUAACAGGUACCAACAACUAUACACUUUCACAUCCACUCAAUAUCUUUAUGAAUACCACUUAUCUCAAUGGUGGAGAUCCCCAAACUUGCUACAGUGUUGGACAAUCCGUUGUUGUUGGUCAAGGUACCCCGAAAGGACCAUGCGAUAGAACCAACCCAUCAUUCCCAUGUACAUGGACAUGUGAAUCAGUUGACGUUGUAACUCCAGGUUUGGUUGCUUUGAUCACCCAAACUAUUUUGCCAAAUCUCAACAAAACUUUUGCCACCUACUUGACUGCCAACGGUGACGGAAACACAACCAUUCCAAACCAAAACAAGCAACUCUCUUGCGUUGGUGAAAUGAUUACUCUUCCACCACAGCCAUUCACAUUCCAAGGUGACUUUAUGCUCUAUAUCACCGCUCAUCCAAAUACUCCACGUUCGAUCGCCAACGGUGCUAUGUGCGUGCUCUUUGCCAAUGAAGGUCCAGCUAUUGGUUUCCUCAAUCUCAACCCAAUGAACUUCUCAUCGUUUGUCAAUCAAGACCAAUACAACUCCACCUGGAACAUUUUAAUGGGUGUCGCCAUCCACGAAACCACUCACGCACUUGGUUUCACCCCAUCGCUCUACAAGCAAUUCAUCGAUCGUUCCACUGAGAAGCCAUACAACUACUCGAUCGCCGUUCAACAAGACUAUCAAGGUGUCACACCAUCCGGUCAGACAUACACUCGUCCACGUUGGUACAUCGUUUCGCCAAUGGUCAAAGCCAUUGCCAGAACUCAUUUCAAUUGUGACAGUUUGAUUGGUGCUGAACUCGAAAAUAUCGGUGCCAACAACUACACUAGUCAUUGGAAGGCAACCACUUUCGGAGAGGAGUUGAUGCUUGGAUUCGCUCUUCCAGUUGGACCACUUUCCAAUUUGACUUUGGCAUUGCUCUACGAUUCUGGUUGGUUCGGUCUUGCCAAUUUGGAUAAAGUUGAACCAUUGGUUUGGGGUAAGAACAAGGGUUGUGGAUUUGCUGAAGUCUGUAACUCAACCACCUGGAACUUCCCAGGUUACUGGAAUGAAACUCAAGCAAAGGGAUCCUCUUCCGACAGCUACUGUACUGCCACUCGUUCUGGUGUUGGAAAUUCAUACAUCCAAGACUAUCAAACUCUUCUUCCAAAGGAAUAUCAACAUUUCGCCGACCCUGAAUUGGGAUCCACUCAAUCAUUCCGUGACUACUGUUUGGUAACCGAUAUUAUUUACUCUGCUCCAUUCGGUGCCAACUACUACUGUAACGACGAGCAAAUGUCGUUCUACCCAAAUUCACAAUACGAAACAUUCGGUCAAGGUUCACGUUGUCUCGAAUACUUCAAUACUACCAGCAACACAUACAAGCCAUCUUGUUUCCAACAGAGAUGUGAUGGAAAGACAUUGAUGGUCGCUGUCAACAACCAAUGGUUGGCUUGCCCAGAUGGUCAAGAGGUUACUUUCUCAGCUGCCAACAACCUUAUCAUCAAAUGUCCAACCGAUUACUUCUUCUGCGAGGGUGAUGCAUUCCCAACAGAACCAUCCGAUCAACCAACAAACCCAACCAAUCCACCAGUCACCUCUGGUUUCCCAAAUAUCACUAACAACCCAACCCUCACCCCAACCACUUCCACCACAGGUGUCAGUUCAAGCUCAACCUUAUCCUACAGUUUAUUCCUUGUUUUGGUUCUUUCAGCUUUUGCCCUUUUCCUCUAA